AUGACCAUGACUACCAUGCCAGAGAGUCUAAAUAGCCCCGUCUCAGGGAAGGCUGUCUUUAUGGAGUUUGGGCCGCCCAGCCAGCAAAUGUCUCCUUCUCCCAUGUCCCACGGACACUAUUCCAUGCACUGUUUACACUCCGCGGGCCACUCUCAGCCUGACAGCUCGUACAGCACAGCUUCGUCCUUCUCCCGACCGCUGGGCUACCCCUAUGUGAACUCGGUCAGCAGCCACUCGACUAACCCCUACAUCAGUUCAGUGCAGUCCUACCCCAACAGCUCCAGCCUGACUCAGACCCGGUUAGAGGAGACAGGGGCCGAAUCGGAGAAAAGCACUGUGGUAGAAGGAGGGGAAGUUCGCUUUAAUGGGAAAGGGAAAAAAAUCCGCAAACCCAGGACUAUUUAUUCCAGUUUGCAGCUACAGGCUUUGAACAGGAGGUUCCAGCAAACUCAGUACCUGGCUCUUCCCGAAAGAGCCGAGCUCGCAGCAUCUCUGGGACUCACCCAGACCCAGGUGAAGAUUUGGUUUCAGAAUAAACGCUCCAAAUUCAAGAAGCUGAUGAAGCAAGGAGGGGCGGCCCUGGAGAGCAGCGCCUUGACCAACGGCAGGGCUCUCUCGGGCAGCUCGCCACCGGUGCCCCCGGUGUGGAAUACCACCUCCGCCUCCGGUAAGGCCUCGUCUGGGACCCCGGGCGCUUACAUCCCCAGCUACACGUCGUGGUAUCCUUCGGCCCACCAAGAAGCUAUGCAGCAGCCGCAGCUCAUGUGAUUAUAAACCCAUUUUCCCCUACCGCAAGCACCAUCGGUCCCAAAAA